GUUUAGCAAUCGUCGGUAUGCGGAGUCAAAGCAUGGAAGACGACUUUUUUCCAUGCAAGAAUGGCUAUCUUAUACCCUAUUACAAAGUAUGUGAUGGCUAUAAGGAUUGUAGUGAUGGCUCGGAUGAGUUCGAGGGAAAUAGUAUCAUAUCAAGUCCAUGCCUAGAAGAAGAGUGUUCGAAUUUGAAUGCCAGAUGUCAUUAUGGAGCAUGUAUUCCAUUGGAAACAUGGUGUAAUGGAAUUAGUGAUUGUGCCGACGGCUCCGAUGAGUGGAAGCUUAAUUGCAACAAAAACAACAAUCCUGAUGAAUUAUCUUGUGAGUCUGGUGAAUUUAUCCCAAAAGAAUGGUUUUGUGAUGGCAAAGCGGAUUGUGAGGAUAGCAGCGAUGAAAGUGAAUCAUAUUGUUCGUUGAAGCAGUGCGAGGAAUUUCGUUGUAAAUAUGGCGGCUGCAUUGCCAAUGAUCGGAAAUGUAAUGGCAAGAAAGACUGUAUUGAUGGAUCAGAUGAAAAUAUGUAUUACGCUUCUUGUCCGGCCGUCUUGUCUCCCGUAACAAGGAUACGGCUGCGACUAGCUGCGGCUGUUUGUAAAAUUACUUACGAUGCAAACCACGAUAUACGUAAUGACAAUGAAAAUGUGCAUUUAACACCUGGCUCCUCGGUCGAUGUUGAAACUCGCAUUACGAUCAAAUGCAAAAAUAACUCUACACUCUCGACGAAUACAGCUCAAGAAGUACGCAUAUGUGGUCGAAAUGGUUGGGAUGACGAAAUACCAAAGUGCCUUCAGUUCUGUAACGCGGACCUUUUAAUGCGUAGUCGAUCAACGAUUGCCGACUGCAAGCGCUAUACGGAGCGAGUGCCAUGUGAGAGGAUAGAACCCAAUACCGUUGCGGUAAUUAGUUGCGCCGACGGUUAUCACAUGCCGAACGGGUUAGAUGCCACCUUCAGCAUGAUGUGUCGAAACGAUGGUAGAUGGAAUAAAGAAAAAGUCAAUUGCAGGCCGAGUUGUGGGAAAAUAGAACAAGAUCCAACAUCGUCGAAGGCGCCAUGGCACGUUCGUAUCAAAGCGCAGUCGAUCAACGUAUGUGGCGGUACUAUACUUUCCACAAAUCUUGUAAUAACGGCUCUACAUUGCGUGUUUGACGAGAAUGAGGAAGUCCUCGACGCAAACUAUGUUCAAGUAGUCGCCGCUAAGAGAUUCGAAAACAACACUAUUGUCACGCAUACUAAAAACGUAUCAAAUAUAUAUGCCAAUCGCUCGGUCGAUGUUGUUCUUUUGAAACUAAGCACACCCUACAUUUUGAGUAAAAACAUAAGACCAAUUUGCCAUAAAUUUACAUCGUCGUCGGGCAACACAGUAAAUAAAAAUGCAAACGUGCACAAAUGGCCUACACGAAGCGCACAUCGAGGACAAAUAGAAUUCCCGAAAACGGCAGUUGAAACUCUAUCUGGUCGUGAUUGCAACGCCCAAAUUACGGCGGAUCAAUUUUGUGUGCGCCCUACAUCUAACUGGAAAAGUAAGGGGGCAGACUUGUGUCAGGGCGACAGUGGCAGUGGCGUUGUUGAGAGAAGAAAUGGCCGAUGGCAUUUAAUUGGUAUUAUUAGUGCAAAGCCAUCGCAUGGAUUUAUAUGCACCAGAGAACCGGUGGCCGCUGUCGAUUUAACCGAGAUACCUGAAAUGUUGCAGCAAGUAAUUGAGGCAGAUGUGGAAGCGAAAUACGACGCUGAAUGAAGUGUUUAAGAUACAUAUAAGAAUUUGAAACGACUGACAGUAGGAGGAGUUAAGAAUUCAGAGAAAUAUGGGGGCGACUACCAGUUGAAUAUAUGCAGUUAUCGCACUGGGAUAGCAUAUCUGUGCACUCCUUUAGUUGAAAAUGCUUAUGUACAUUGUUCGAUAUCGAGGAUAAUGAAAAAUAGAAGUUACUUAAAAAUCAAUAA